GGAGCAGAAGCUUUAAUCCGGGACGGUGUGAGAUCCGGCUCUAAAUCUGCUAUUCCCGGGAACGGUCCGAGCACUGACUUUACCGGCCUUUACAGGAUUACCGCUUCUGGAUGUGGACUCCAGCGAUCUGCUACAAAGUUUCCUCCAUUCCCGCGAUUAAGGAUGUGUUGCAGAAGAUAAAAUUCAGGUUUACUAAACCACCUAGAAAUAUCCAUUGGUUUAUGUUGCCUAUGUAGGUCCCUACAUUCAGAUCUCCUACACAAUGGCUACAGUGCAGGCGCUUCCAACGUCCAUUGACGCGACUCCUGAGGACAGCAUUGCUGAAAGUCAUUCCAAAGCAGAGUCGCCUGACCCCCUGGACAGCAUGGGAAGCGUCAGCAGCCUCAUCUCCGGGAGAUCGUAUCACGACAAGCAGUGCAGGGCCUCCGAAUUUAACGGCAAGAGCCGUAAGGCCGUGAACAUGCCAAAUUUCUUUAAGCCACAAGAGGGACUUCUAAAGAGUAAUUAUACCUCUCAGGAUCCUAUUUUUAAUGGACUUCCUACUAAAAAACCUUGUGCUGCUACCUCUGGGAGUAAUGGGAAUUAUGUCUAUGUCAACGAGGACUUUAAAGGGGAUUGGCAGGAAGCGGCCAACAGCCCCUCCAGCGAUGCGGAAGAUGUGCGGGAAGAGAGAUCUCUCAAUGGGAAUAUCAGAGGACCUCCACCCAAACUCAUCCCGGUUUCAGGCAAACUAGAAAAGAACAUCGAGAAGACCCUAAUAAAGCCCACAGCUUUCAAACCAGUAGUGCCGAAAAAACACAACUCCUCACUCCAAUACCUUGCCCAACGCAAUGGAGGCCCAAGCCUUUCAGAAAGCCAAGGGAGUUUAAAUCUCCUUUUUAAUGGGAAUUCAAUGGGGAACAACGAGAAGCACAGUUCCUUCAGCUGCAGGACCAGCUCUCACUCGGGCACAAUGUCGGACUCAGGGCGUAACUCAUUGUCCAGUCUUCCCACCUACAGUACAAACUCCAGUCACCAAAUCGAGCCGGUCAGUAUUUCCAUGGGCCACAUUAACUUGGAUAAUCACAGUAACCUGAACGGGUUUUCUGACCGGGGAUCCAGAGGUCGGACGCGUCCCUCGAACUCUGACAGCGGGCGCUCUUCGUCCAGCAAAAGCACCGGCUCCUUAAGUGGCAGGGGGAACCCGUCUUCUGAUGGCGGCUCUUGUGACAGAUCCCCGAUCAACGAGGAGAUGAUUAUCAGGGAACUGGAAGAGAAAUUGAAGGACAGAGAAUUGGAGCUUCAGCAGUUAAAAGAAAAUCUGGACGAGAAUGAAGUGGCCAUUUGCCAGGUGUAUGAGGAGAAGCAGAAACGUUGUGAGCUGGAGAUGGACGACCUGCGUCAGAGCUGUGCCUUGAAGAUGAAGCAGGCUUCCCAGAAGGCUCAACGGGUGCAGCAAGUGCUCCAACUGCAAAUAUUCCAGCUGCAGCAGGAGAAGAAGAAGCUGCAGGAGGACUUUUCCCAGCUGCUGCAGGAGAGGGAGCUGCUUGAGAAAAGGUGUGCCUCGUUUGAGAGGGAACAGACUGAGCUGGGGCCGCGGCUGGAGGAGACCAAAUGGGAGGUUUGUCAGAAAUCUGGAGAAAUAUCAUUACUGAAGCAGCAGCUAAAAGAUGCUCAAGCCGAACUGGCGCACAAAGCCAACGAAAUACUUCUGCUCCGGGCCCAGCUUCGAGAAACUCGAGCGGACCUCCAGCUGAGUGAAGAGCAGGUUCAAGAACUUCAAGACACGACGCACACUAAGACGCUGGAGCUCGAGGUGUGUGAAAACGAACUGCAACGCAAGAAGAACGAGGCGGAACUUUUGAGGGAAAAGGCCAGUAAGUUGGACCAAGAAGUGGCCGGCCUCAGAGAGGCAGCAGUAGCCAGCCUGCGGCACGGACUGUGCCAUUGCCAAGAGAAGGAAGAUCCCUUCUUGCUAUACGAAAGCGACGAAGCUAAAGCACAACGGCAGACUACUGACGACCUGCAGAGUUUGAAGCAGUACACGGAACGUCUCAGGGAAGCGCUGGUGAGCGAGCGGCGCCGCAAUCAGGACCAGAUGGAGAACUUCGAAGAAGAACGUCGCGUUUGGCGAGAGGAAAAAGAGAAGGUCAUCAGAUAUCAAAAGCAGUUACAGCAUAACUAUAUCCAGAUGUACCAGCAGAACAGGGAGCUGGAAAGGGACAUCAAACAGCUCAGUCUGGAACUGGAGGCCAGAGAACUGGAUGACUUUGACUUGCAUGGCGCAGAGAUUCAGUUCGAAGAGAUCACCGCCACAGAAAUUUAAAGCCAAUGAGACACUACCACAUAUGCCUUUUUACUGGGACCUUCCACACUCCUGCUGAAGGGGUCGCCAACGUGCACCUAACCCACGGAUACUCUUCCAAAUGAAUCUUCUGUUUGUGGCUACUAGAAAACACACAUAUCUCAACUUGGUUGGCAUUUAAGCAUAAUCACCUCGCGGGCUGGAACACAGAUCUCAUCACGAGGUUUGUUCAACCACAGCUGGCGAGUCAGAAGGUCCACACUGGCUCUAUAACCCAACAGGUCUAUUCACUAAAGC